GACCGAGGCUGCCAGACAGAGGCAGCCACCUCACGUCCUUUGUCACUGUAGGUGCUGAAAGAAAGGACAGGCUUUUCAUCAGCCAGUCAUCUUCCAGAAACACAGAGACAUCAACAUCUCCAGCUCAAAGACCAGACAUGGCUCCGUGGGUUGAUGCCAAGCUCUUCUUCUGCAUCCUCUUCAUCACCUACAGCUGCACAGUGAUACUGGCGCAGCUACCAAUGGACUGCUGCUUGCAGGCCAAAAACCAAACAGUUGAGAAAUUUGUUGUUGCAAACUACCGUCGACAGUCCAAUGGAGAGGGCUGCAAUGUUGAUGCCACGAUUCUGGUGACGAGACGUAAAGUGAACCUCUGCGUGCCUGCUGACGAACCGUGGGUCCACGAAGUGGUGAAGCACGUUAAGUGGCUCAGGGCAUAUUGCAAGAGACACAACUACAAGGGCAAACGCUGCUUUGGAGUGGAUCCUGAGUAAACUGGGAAUGAGCUGUGAGCCCUUCAGCAGCAACAGGAUGGCCCACUGCAAGUCAGGAAGGAGAAGGGGUUAAUCAAGCCAUGCAAUAAAUAGAUCCAAAUUAUAUAUAUUAAAUUAUAAGUCUAAUCAUAGUGAUUCAGCCGAUUGUUAAGAGUGCUUUAUCUAUUUUACUAUUUUAGAAAAUUAUGUUUGGAUUACUAUGAAAUUAAAACAUGUUGAAGGAUUUUUAUAUUUUUGUGAUAUUUUAGGUUUUAAGAGAAAUAUCGAGGUUUUAAAUGUGAACAUUGAGUGUGUGUCUCCAUAAGGUGACUCUUAACAAGUGAACUACUCAGGCAGCACCAGUUUGUCUUUGUAUGGGUGUCAUCAAUUGUUGACUUCUAUCAAAAUAAAGCUUUGUUUUUUCUGAUCCUGA